AUGGGGUCUUAUCAGUCCAAGCUUUCACCGGAGGCAGCUAUGCACGAGAAGGCUGUCAUCGAUCGCCUACGUGCUAUGCAGCUUGAAAAUAGAGAGUCUUCAGAUGAGGGCUACGUGCUUGUCAGCAAUGGCAAGCCGACGGAAACUCUUAACGAAAAGGCUCUAGGAGCACUGAAGCUGGCAAGACAGCCCGGCAACAUCUCAGUGUCACAGAUGCAGCAAUGGCAAAGCCAUCUCCUGCAGGACCCUAAAAAUCGCUUGGCCCUGUCUGCCCUCAGCUCGGCGAACCCGCGUGAUGUUCUCACAUCCCGCGCCGCCAAAAUCGAAGACCAGCAUGUCUUCAACAUCAAGAUUCCCUUUGAGGGUGCGCCGAUUACUAACCAGCGCAGCUCGGGGCGAUGCUGGCUGUUCGCGUCGACCAACACGUUCCGCGUGGCACUGAUGCAGAAGUACAACCUCGAUGCCUUUGAGCUUUCUCAAGCCUAUCUUUUCUUCUGGGAUAAGCUCGAGAAGGCAAACUACUUCCUAGAGCAGAUUAUUGACACCGCCGACAAGGAUCUUGAUUCAAGAUUGGUUCAGACACUCAUUCAGGCACCCCUGUCGGACGGUGGGCAAUGGGACAUGGUGUAUAACCUUGUCGAGAAGUACGGUCUUGUCCCGCAGGCGCUGUAUCCCGACAGCUACAACGCCAUGUCGUCGUCGAUCAUCAACAGCAUCAUCUUCACUAAGCUACGUGAAGAUGCUCUCAUUCUACGCGACAUGCUCAGGAACCCAGCUACGACCGCCUCGAGCGUAUCUGCCGCCAAGGCAAAGAUGAUGAAGGAGAUCCACACCGUUCUAACUCUGACUCUCGGCCCGCCGCCGCCGGUAUCUGAGGAGUUUACAUGGACUUUCGCCGACAAGACAGGCAAGGCGCGCGAGGUCAAGAGCACGCCGCUCGCAUUCGCAAAGGACAUCUACUCGUCCGAGUUUCGCAUCACCAGCGCCGUCAUCGCGAGCAUGGUAUCUUUGGUGCACGAUCCGCGCAACCCGCCCCUGAGCCUCCUGACCGUCGACCGGCUGGGCAACAUUGUCGGGGGCCGCGGCAUCACCUACAUCAACGUCGAGAUGGCCACCCUCAAGGCCGCCUGCAUCGCCAUGCUCAAGGCCGGGCUGCCAGUAUUCUUCGGCAGCGAUGUUGGCAAGUUCAGCGACCGAGCAAGCGGCAUUAUGGACGUAGACUUGAUCGACUACGAGCUUGGCUUCAACAUCAGCCUUCUUGGCAUGGACAAGGCGGCUCGACUGAAGACGGGCGAGUCUGCUAUGACACACGCCAUGGUUUUGACUGCCGUUCACGUCGACGCUGCGGGCAAACCAGUGCGAUGGCGCGUGCAGAACAGCUGGGGGGAGACGGCUGGCGAGAAGGGCUGGUUUGUGAUGAGCGAUGCGUGGAUGGACGAAUGGGUCUACCAAGCUGUUGUUGAUCCGAAGUUCCUUAGUAAGGAGGUCAAAGAUGUGCUCAAGAAGGAGCCCGUGGUGCUGCCUCUUUGGGAUCCCAUGGGAUCACUGGCCUAG